AUGGAGAAUCAUGAUGUCGCACGCUUCCCCUCGCUGACUUCUGACUACGCACUUGCGAAGAAUGCCAUAGCCUUCACGAUGCUGGCAGACGGUGUACCGAUCAUCUACCAGGGUCAGGAACAGCACUUCUCGGGCUCCGGUGUACCGAACAACAGAGAAGCACUUUGGCAGUCUGGCUACUCAACUUCUUCGCAAUUGUAUCCGUUCAUCGCCACACUCAACAAGAUCAGAAAACAAGCCAUCAAGCAAGAUACAGGAUACGUUACAUAUAAAGCCUAUGGUGUCUACUCUGAUGCAUCGACGAUUGUCAUGAGAAAGGGCACGACCGGUUCUCAAGUCGUCGGUGUGUUCACAAACAAGGGUUCUUCAGGAAGUAGUUCAUUCACCCUUUCAUCUUCGGCGAGUGGCUUUACGGCUGGUCAAUCUGUCACUGAUAUCUUGUCUUGUACUUCCUACACUGCAGACUCGAGCGGCAACAUUGCCAUUAGCAUUAAUGCGGGUUCACCCAGAGUCCUCUAUCCUACAGCAAAACUCACUGGUAGUGGUCUCUGUAGUGGCUCGAGCUCUACAUCAGGCACGCCGACCACGAUCAAGACCUCGACAACUGCUGGUGGCUGCAGUACACCCACCGCAGUCGCCGUAACCUUUACUGACAAAGUGACUACACAAUACGGUCAAACCAUCAAACUUGCAGGCUCGAUUCCACAACUCGGAUCUUGGAAUGCUGCAAAUGCAAUCACCUUGUCUUCGGCUGGGUACACUGCUAGCAACCCUGUCUGGUAA